CAUGAGCUGGGGGGCAGAGCUGUGGGAUCAGUUUGACAACCUUGAAAAACACACUCAGUGGGGCAUUGACGUUCUGGAGAAAUACAUCAAGUUUGUGAAAGAGAGAACGGAAAUAGAACUCAACUAUGCCAAGCAGCUUCGGAAUCUUUCGAAGAAAUAUCAGCCCAAAAAGAACUCCAAAGAAGAAGAUGAAUACAAAUAUUCAUCAUGUAAAGCCUUCUUAGCCACUUUGAAUGAAAUGAAUGAUUAUGCCGGGCAGCACGAAGUCAUUUCGGAGAACAUGACCUCGCAGAUCACCACUGAGUUAGCCCGCUACGUGCAAGAACUGAAGCAAGAGAGGAAAUCGCACUUCCACAACGGCCGAAAAGCACAACAGCAUAUCGAAACGUGCUGGAAACAGCUUGAAUCGAGUAAAAGACGCUUUGAACGGGAUUGCAAGGAAGCCGACCGCGCACAGCAGUACUUUGAAAAGAUGGAUGCGGAUAUCAAUGUAACAAAAGCAGACGUCGAAAAGGCUCGGCAGCAGGCCCAGCUCCGUCAACAGAUGGCUGAAGACAGCAAAGCGGAAUAUUCGUCAACGCUACAGAAAUUCAACCAUGAACAGCAUGAACAUUAUCACACACACAUACCCAACAUCUUCCAGACAAUACAAGAGAUGGAAGAGAGAAGAAUAGUCAGGAUAGGUGAAUCCAUGAAAACGUUUGCCGAGGUGGACCGACAGGUCAUCCCCAUCAUCGGGAAGUGUCUGGAUGAGAUAACCAGGGCAGCUGAGUCCAUCAACCAGAAGAAUGAUUCACAGUUGGUCGUAGAAGCCUUUAAGUCUGGCUUUGAGCCUCCUGGUGAUGUUGACUUUGAAGACUUCACCCAGCCAAUCAAGCGCACUGUCUCUGAAUCCAGCCUUUCGAACUCCAAAGAUGGAAAACCAGAGUCCAGGUUCAGCAGCAAGUCCAAGGGCAAGUUGUGGCCAUUCAUCAAGAAAAAUAAGCUUAUGUCCCUUUUAACAUCCCCCCAUCAGCCCCCUCCUCCGCCCCCUUUCUCUGGCUCACCCUCUGCUGUUCCCAACGGCCCCCAGUCUCCCAAGCAGCAAAAGGAACCCCUCUCCCAUCGCUUCAACGAGUUCAUGACCUCCAAACCCAAAAUCCACUGCUUCAGGAGCCUAAAACGCGGGCAACAGUCUCAAUCAUUGUAUUUUCACAAAGAACUCAUGAAGAGGACUUUAGGCAAGCCUACGUAUGCCCUUGAGGCUAGGGAAUAUGUUCUUUCUCUCAAGCUGGGUGCAGGACCUGAAGACUUCAGCAACCUUCCCCCUGAGCAAAGAAGGAAAAAGCUCCAGCAAAAGGUGGAUGAGCUCAGCAAGGAUAUCCAGAAAGAAAUGGAUCAAAGAGAUGCCUUAACAAAAAUGAAGGACGUCUACAUCAAGAACCCACAGAUGGGAGAUGCAGCCAGCGUGGAUCACAAGCUAGCUGAACUUGGGCAGAACUUAGAGAAGCUGAGAUCAGAGGCCCAGAAAUUUGAGGGCUGGCUAGCGGAGGUGGAAGGACGGCUGCCAGCACGGACCGAGCAAACGCGGCGUCAGAGUGGGGUGUGUGAACAGCAGAACACCUUGACUGUCAACAACUGCGCCCAAGAUCGAGAGAGCAGCCCAGAUGGCAGUUACACAGAGGAGCCGAGCCAGGAGAGUGAGAUGAAGGCACCGGCCCCUGAUUUUGACGACGAGUUCGAUGACGAAGAGCCACUGCCCACCAUUGGAACGUGCAAAGCUCUGUACACCUUUGAAGGCCAGAACGAAGGCACGAUCUCCGUCACCGAAGGAGAAAUGCUGUACGUCAUAGAGGAGGACAAAGGCGAUGGCUGGACGCGGAUCCGGCGGAAUGAGGACGAGGAAGGCUACGUCCCCACCUCCUACGUAGAAGUCUUUUUGGAGAAGAAUGCCAAAGAGUCAACUUUAUAGGAAAUUCUGCAUUCAUUGCUGAGAUUCCUAAAAGUGUUGGUUGUUGGCGCAAGAACCUCGGGGCGAGCUUGUCACAGGAGGAGAAACAAAUGGUCUGGUUUUUUU